AUGGAAACGAAAAAAAGAAACACCGGACGCGGUCACGCCCCAGCCAAGGCAAUAAAAGCACCGACAUUUGACCGAACGGUACCUUGGAAAAAUUAUCAAACAUGGUUUGAAACAGCAGCGCUCAACAACGGGUGGAACAAAAAGGACCGAGCAACGACACUAGUGCUUGCCCUUAGAGGUCCAGCACUAGAAGUAUUACAGUCAAUUCCUAGUGAGACGAAUUUAUCAGGUAACAAGAACAGCCAAAAAGAAAAGGGAAUCGGAAUGCUGGAACUGCGGAUAAAUGAGUCACUUGAAAAGAGGCUGCAAGCAGCCCAAAAAAUACAAUAUUUGGAGGACGGGCUGGGAAAAAGGAAGAACUCCGCCAGCGGAUGGACUAUGUCUGCGGAAACACGCGAGCCAAGACGAAACAGAAUAAGGAAAACAUCAAACUUAGAUACAAUGCUAAAGGCAAAAACGCCGGUUUCCAGAGUAAUGACAUUGUUUGGUUAUAUUAUUAUUAUUAUUAUUCAAAACAGCACGGGCGGAACCCCUUGCCAAACAAAAAUAUAG